AUGCUGAGUAGGAAGGGGUCUUGUGCGGGGAUGAUGAGUGCGGCAGCCGGAGUAGAUCGCAGCAGGGUCGGGGAGAGGCUGCAGGCUGCUCUGGCCGGGCUGCAGGAGCUGCAUCUGCUGAAGGACAGACAGAGCGACAUGGUGAGCUGGGCGCUGAGGAUGGACCGAGAGGAGCCGGUCUCUGCUGUCCACGCAGGCCCGGAAAGUCCCAGGCUGAUGGGGGCUGAGGAGCAGCGGCUGGAGGCGACCCUGACAACCCUGAAGCAACAGCUGUCCCGUCUUCGGAAACAAGAUGUCGGCCUGAAGACUCAUUUGCAGCAGCUGGACCAACAGAUCAGUGAGCUGAAGCUGGAUGUGAGCAAGGCCUCCACAGAGCAGCUGGAGAGUGACAGCAGGCCAAGUUCAGGUUUCUAUGAGCUCAGCGAUGGCGGCUCUUGCUCACUGUCCAACUCUUGCACUUCAGUGUACAGCGAGUGUCUGUCAUCCUCCCAGACAAGCCUUCUCCUCCUUCCCAUGAGCCCUGCUAAUUCCCACAUCAGCCCGCCGUCACAAGUAGACGUCUGCCGCCGGCGUUCUGCUGAUGAGAGCACCACCCAGCCCAACCCUCCGCGGGUUACGGGCUUCCAUCUGGGCAGCAGCAGGAUCCGAACAAGCACAGAAAAGGCGCGACCAAGACCUGUGUCAACAGGUGAUCUUGAUUGGAUGAUGGCCCAAGGACCAAACUACUACAAAUCCAUGGAUGCAAAGAAACCAUCUAUGUGCUCAAACCUGAAGACCUCCACAAUGGACCCCAAGUUCCACAGCAACCUGGUGUCCCGCAGUGGGGCUGAAGUGUACUUCUACCCCAGCCCUCUGCACGCUGUGGCUCUCCAAAGCCCAAUCUUUUCCCACGGGGGCGACCCAGCCACGCCUGGACUUCUGGAGGGCCAAGGACCCCCAGUGAAUGGGUGUGACACCCUCCAGAGGGCACAAAUGGGUUAUGAGACCAAGACCCAUGGUUAUAUUGAUAAGCUCCUCCUGCGCAGCUUGAGCAAAUCCCAGAGUGAAACAGGCACAGAGACUUUGCAGACACACAGUGACUAUCACAGGAGGCCCACUGAAGUUUUAACAGUGUUUCCUGAAGUGCAGAAAGACGUGUCUGUGCUGCAGCCUGUCCCGGUCCAGACCACAAACAUCCUCCCACCUGAUAGGGACCAAAAGAGACACUGCAUGACAUUCCCCAGCCAAGAGCCAGCUGAUAAUGCAAACCACAAUCAGUCAAUGAGAGCCCCGGAGGUUUCAUACAGAUACUCCUAUCCUGCUUCCACGAGGGAGUACAGCUCUGAUGAGGUCACCACUUUAUCAAUGAGGAAGAAUGAUAAACCCCAAGGAGAAUAUGCUAGUCUUGCAAGAAGCAAUUCAGAGAAUAAAUGUCUGGAUCAUCCAGAGAGAGAACCACAAGAGAGGAAGGGCUAUAGGCAAAGAUCGGUGGCGGCCCACUGUUCCAGCACCGAGGAGAGUCAAGGCUUUGAGGUUCCCGCCGGUCACACAGCUUCCCCUGAGUUUGUCCAUGCCAAAUUUGUCCCUGCUGGAUCUCAGAGGGUCAAGGUGAGACAGGCCGACCGUAAAACCAAAGCCGUGAAACUGCGAAGAAAAAGCAGCGAGAAGCCGCGAGCAACGAGGCAGCAACAUGGCUACUCCUCGGGUGAAAGGACCAGAGAGGUCAGUGGCGGAACCAAGGGGGAUCAGAGAAGAUCAGGAAAAGGAAAAGUGACCCAGAAAUCUACCACCUGUCACACAGAGGAGCGCAGACAGGGCUCAGGCUCAGACUCCAGCCACUGUAGCCCGGGACUCAUGUACACCCAAAAGGUCCAUCCUAAGCCACAUCCAAUCCCUGCUGUCGUGAAGUCAAGCAAAAGCCGCAGACUGCAGGAGCAUGAUCAGCAUGUAGAGCAGAGGAAGAGGAGGCAGGGGGCUUCCAAGUGGCCGUCCGAUGUCGAGAUGUACCAGGCCUCAUAUGCUCAGCGUCAGAGGUCAAAAGAGCCCCAUGUUCCAGCACAGAGCAUGCAGAUGGUCCGAAGCAUGAGUGCCAAGUCAGGCCAGUGGAUGGGACCUCCUCGUUCCUUCCAGUCCUCCAUAUCCUCAAACUCUUUCUUCCACAGUCUUAAUGCCAGAUACCCUCCAGCAGCCUUCCACAUGGCCAGCAUGUACCCACCAAGAUGUGAGUCGGAGUAUUCGGCCGAAUGCGCCUCACUCUUUCACUCCACCAUUGCUGAAAGCAGCGAGGGGGAGAUGAGCGAUAACACCACCAACCGCUUUGGAGAUAGCGAGUCCAGCCAGAGCUUCCAGUCCCUCUCGGACUCUGACAGCAGCCUGUCCCUGGACGAGGAGGACCAGGUGGACUGCCAGGAGGAGAGAGGUAUGGUGUGGGCUGAGGCCGCUCUGGGGCCCACUGCAGCUGGACAGCCCCUCCAGCAGCUCCCACGCCCCGAGCCAGCAGCCUGCCGCAUCAAAGCUUCCCGAGCCCUGAAGAAGAAGAUUCGUCGUUUCCAGCCGGCCUCCCUAAAGGUCAUGACCCUGGUGUAGCAAAGUUGAGUGAGAACUGUUGGGAAAACACAGAGAGCUGGGAAAAACCUGUUCUUUGAACUCAACACCCUUAAUCAUCACUGAGAAGCAGCAAUUAAAGUGGACUAAACUUGUGCACUGAUUUUUGUAAAAACUUUUUAAAAAAUGGCAACAAUGGUUGAACUCAAAACUGUAAAAACAUUGUAUAAAGGCAUGUGUGACAAUUAUUACACUUACAUUUAAUUUGUGAAUAUUAAUGUGUACUUGUACUUAAGGUUCCUCAUAGCAUGUGGGUGCAUUUCAUUGACAUUUUUGUCAUAUUGUAGAAAUAAAACCAAUCUUUUUGCAUUUCCUAUUCCAAAUAUUUUUUUUAUUUUUUUGUUGAUUUCUUCAUUUUUGCUUCAGUGAUGAUAACUAUCUGUAUUUGUCUUAUUAGAAUAAACAUAUUUAAUAUAUA